CAACCAUGCGGCUCGUGCUGCUUCUCGUCUGCGCAGCGUUCGUCGACGCCUCGCCGAUCCUGUUCGGCGGCGGCGAGGACUGCACUUCGUCGGACGGCCGCAAGGGGCGCUGCGUAUCCGCCAACGCCUGUCCUCGUGUGACUGGCCGCGUGCAGCCCUCUUGCGUUCAGCCGUGCGGCUUCCGGCACGGCCAACUGCAGAUCUGCUGCCUGCCUCCCAAGCCGGCGGCGCCGGCGCCAGUGGCGCUUCGCUGCGGCGUGGCCGGCGCCGACAACUCCCGCGGAGCCCCGGUGCGUAACGUGGCGUUCGGCCGGGACGCGGCGGAGAGCCGUUGGCCGUGGCUGGCGCUGCUGGGCGUGCAGGAGCCGGCUGGACCGCGCUGGCUGUGCGGCGGCGCACUGCUGAGCCCGCGCCACGUGCUGACGGCCGCGCACUGCGUGCCGGCCGACGCGAGCCAACUGCUGGUGCGCCUGGGCGAGCACGAGCUCGGCACGACUUCGGAUGGCGCUCACCAGGACCGUGCCGUGGCGCGCACCGCCGUGCCGCCGCAGCGGCGCGCCAGUCACGACGACCUGGCCGUGCUCGAGCUGGCGUCACCGGUCACGCUGGGGCCGCGCGUGCGGCCCGUCUGCCUGCCGGACCCGAAGGUGCGGCUGGUAGGCCGGGACGCACAGGUGGCCGGCUGGGGUCGGCUGGCGUUCGCCGGCGACACGGCCGUCGUGCUGCAGGAGGCGCGGCUGCGUGUGGUGCCGCUCGACACCUGUGAGUCCGCCUAUCGACGUCUGGCCAGCUUCACCGACAGCUUCCCGGGCGGCUUCGGCACCACCAAGCUGUGCGCUCAGGACCCGGAGCGACGCGGCGCCGACGCUUGCCAGGGCGACUCUGGCGGCCCGCUGAUGGCGCAGGCCGCUGACGGCACGUGGUCCAUCGUCGGCGUCGUGUCGGCCGGCGUCGGCUGCGGCAAUCCCGACUUCCCCGGCCUCUACACGCGCGUGGCCAGCUACCUGGACUGGAUCCACGAGCAGAUGACGUGACGUCGCACGGGAGGGUUUGACGUCAUCAGGGAUUGGCUCCUGACGGCAUGACGUCACUGGACCGGCUCCGUCCGCGGAAACAGCCCUGCAUGUCAGUGCGCUGCAGGUUUUAUUGUUGGUAUGUUGGGCGGUUUGCGGCUUACAUAAGGAACGGUUAUUGAUGGCUGACGUAUUCAGCUUUUAUUGUUGCCCCAGACGAACAACUCCAUGCCAGCGAUUCCAACUAUGUUCUCAAGCCUGGCACUUCAGCGAAUUUAGUGAUAGUUGGUGUUAGAUAGGGUUUUGCACCGCCAGCUAACAGGGUGAUCUCAAGAUGAUCUUUUUAAGGCCGUUAUAUUUGCAUCAAAUGUUUGCAUGGUGAGGUGUGUUAAGCUAUGGGCCAAUUUUUAUUGUGAUAUCAAAACACUUUUGGAAACUUUGACUUCAACGCUAUCAAACAAAACGUCAGUAUCACACCUGAAACAUAAUGUCACUAUCACACCCCAAAACAUAACGUCACUAUCACACCCCAAAACAUAACGACAGUAUCACACCCCAAUCAUAACGCCAGUAAAACACCCAAAACACACAGAUGCUUAACUUGUUUCUACAGUGUCUUUAAUCACCCGUUUUGCCCACAAAGACUGACGCAUUGCUGGCGAUGGGGUGCAGAUGGUCCCGCUCUAGCUGACAGGAAAUCCUGACAAUGGAGAGCACAUCGUUAAUGACGUCAUCUGCUGUAUACACCUUUUGGAUGACAACUUAAUACUCGUCUACCCAAGACGCUUUCAUAUGACGUGAUGCGGCUCCAUUGCAUGUUCUUCGUCGAGUAUGUAUCUGUGUAAAUGUUGUUAUGCGUCCAUGAAUUGAAUGCACAUGUGUUUUGCCUUAAGUUAUGAAGCUAGUAUUCUAUGAAGUGGCAUUGUAGUAAUGUGUAUUUAUCUAGGGAGUAAAUAGGUAAAUAGCGCUGCAAGACGUACUUAUUUGAAAAUGUAUUGGAGCGUAUCUGGUAAAUGUGUAUGUGCCCAAUAUGCGACAUGCCAGAAAGGACGCAAAUUUUUACACGUCUCUUGCAUGUUGCAUUAUUCACACAUACGAUAGUUUGUGUAUAAGUGCAUUUGUGUGCGCGUAAAAAUGCAGGGAUGAUGUUUCACUGAGCUAAUCAGAUUGAGUUCCGACGGGAUUUGGGCAUUAUGCAGCCCCAUUUUUCACAUUCUUCGUGUCACGUAUUCACGCAUGAAGUGCGAAUAAAUAAAAAUGUU